AUGACUCUCAAAGUGUGUGAAACAUUUAAAUAUAUUGAGCAACAUUUGCCUGAUAAUUAUUAUUUCGAUAAAAAUAAAGUAUCUAGUGAUAUAAAAACUUAUUGUCAAACUAACAAUAAAGCAUGGAAAGGAGAAUGUAAUACUAUCGGUCAAGUAGUUAGUGCUGUUACUAUGUUAUUACUUAAUAAAUUAUUCGUUGCGAAUAAAAAUAUAGAAUCUGAAAAUAAAAAUAACGAAUAUAUCACGUAUGUUAUGCUAUGGUUAAGUAAUAAAAUGAAACUAAUUAAAACAGGGAGCUACGGAAGCGUGGCAGAUUUUUUUGUCACGUUUAUAAAAAAUAAUAAAAUUUAUAUAAUAUAUCGUGAUAAAAUCAAUAAAAACGACAAAAUAAUGAAACUUAAUAUUGAUAGAAUGCGUACACUUUAUGGGUUACUUAAUAACCUAUGUAAUGCAAUUACUAAAUAUAACAACGAUUCUUCAAAUUACUCUGAUUUUUCAAAUUUUGUUAACAAUUGGAUAAUACUAUACAUAAAACUUCUUUUAAAAAAAAAGAGAGUUUUUGAAGAUGAAUAUUAUUGUGAUGUAUUAGUGACUUUAAAAAAUGCUUAUGAGAAAUUUAAAAAAGAUAAUGAUACCAAAAGUUGUUUUCCAGAAAUUAUAGAUAUAGAAAAAAUAAAAACUUGUAAGGAAUUAGGUAAAGAAGCAACAAGUUCAUCGAAAGUUAUAGCUGUGGGGUUCAAUGAAGUGAAGACACAAAAGGGUUUAGAGAAAGAGGAAGCUACCUUGGGAUAUAUAGAUGUUAUUAAAAGGGGAUUUGAAACGUGUAGUUCAAAUUUUAGUAUUAUGUUUACUAAUGAUGUCAAAGAAUUAUAUAAAAAGGCGUUGCCACCACUAACAAAUUUUUACGGAAAAAUUAUAAAUUUUGGUGAUAAAACUAUUAAUUAUGUGAAUGAUCAACUUAAAAAAGCAAUAGAAACUUAUGCAUCAAAUAAUUGUAUAUCUGAGGAGAAUUCCCAAAGAGAUAAAUCACCAUCAUCUCAAGAAGCUCCAUCUGAAAAAGGAAAUUCUGAUCAAAAGGGUUACGAAGCAUCUCAAAUAUCAGUGUCAUGUCCAGUGACUGAACAAGAAAUUCCAGUAUCCGAAGUAGCAGGAGAUGGAACAACCGAAAUAGGUGAUAAUCCAUUCAACGUAUACAAGAAAAUGGGAAUUUCAAUUCUAAUUAUUUUAAUACCCAUUGCUUUAGCUAUUAUGUACAAGUAUUUGCCAUUUGGAUGGAGAAAGAAAUCGAAGAAAAAAAAAAACAUGAAAAAGGCUAUAAAUAUGUUUGAUACAGAUGAAACAACAGAAAGAGUUAUAAACCCAACUGAUCGAAAAAAACAAAUGCAAAUAAUUAUAAAUUUAUCUGCUCAAAAUAAGCAGGGUGAAAAGUUUAUAAAUCCAUCUACUCCAAAAAAACAGGAUAAAAAACUUACCAAUUCAUCUACUCCAAAAAAACAGGAUAAAAAGCUUACCAAUUCAUCUACUCAAAAAAAACAGGAUAAAAAGCUUACAAAUUCAUAUACUCAUAAAAAACAGGAUAAAAAGUUUAUAAAUUCAUCUACUCAAAAAAAACAGGAUAAAAAGUUUAUAAAUUCCAUUUAUUGGGAAAAAUAUCCAUUAUUAAAUAUAUAUAAACUUAUGAAGGCCGAUCCUGUACCAUUUAUUAUUUUAUUUUUGUUGUUUAUUUUUUAUGUUUAUAAAAGAAAAGAUGAUUCUUUAGAAUAA